UUUAUCCCUCUGACUGGGGCCAAUAACGGAGCAAAGGUUAUUACUGCAGCAGCACGGAAACAAUACUGAGGACCCACCCACCUCUGAGGCUACUCUCUCUGCUGCUCUCUGCUACGCUCUUCCUGGAUUUCAAGUCCGCAGCUGAUAAGUUCUAAAGAUGAGCUACCCAGGAUACCCUCCUCAGUCCGGUGGAUACCCACCUCAACAAGGGGGCUAUCCACCUCAACAAGGGGGCUAUCCACCUCAACAAGGGGGGUAUCCACCCCAAGCAGGCGGCUACCCACCCCAAGCAGGCGGCUACCCUCCCCAAGCAGGCGGCUACCCCCCUGCAGCAGGCGGCUACCCCCCACAGGCAGGUGGCUACCCACCCCAAGCUGGCGGCUACCCUCCCACAGCGGGCGGUUACCCUCCAGCAGCAGGGGGCUACCCUCCCCAGGCAGGUGGCUACCCUGCACCAGCUGGAGGCUUCCCUCCUCAGGCAGGAGGAUACCCAGCACAGUCUGGAGCAGGAGGCUAUCCCUCCAUGCCUCCAGGAGGUGGAGGCUGGGGUGCAGCACCAGGCGGCCAAGGAGCGCCAGGAGGGGCUCAGCAGGGAUACCCAGGGGGCCCCGCCCCAGGCCAGCCCAUGCCAAGUUACCCCGCGACUAGUCCCCAGAUGCCUGCGUAUGGAGGCGGAGUUCCAUCCAACCCUCAGGCACCUGCCAUUUCUAAAGGAUACAGGGGCUCUAUAAAAGACUUUCCAGGGGCCGAUCCACUCAGGGACGUUGAGGUCCUUCGAAAAGCUAUGAAGGGUUUUGGCACUGAUGAAAACGCCAUUAUUGAACUCCUGGGAAGUCGUACCAACAAGCAGAGAGUCCCAAUGGUAGCAGCCUAUAAAACAACUUAUGGGAAGGAUUUAAUCCACGAUCUGAAGUCUGAGCUCACUGGAAACUUUGAGAGGCUGGCUCUUGCCAUGCUGAAGAGCCCUGCGUACUUCGAUGCAUCUGAACUCAGAGAGGCUAUAAAGGGUGCAGGAACUGAUGAAGCUUGUCUGAUUGAGGUUCUUUCAUCACGCUCCAAUGCAGAAAUCAAUGAAAUCACCAGAGUCUACAAAGCUGAGUACGGGAAGAGCCUGGAGGACGCCAUCAGCAGUGACACCUCCGGUCACUUCCGCAGACUGCUCGUCUCCCUCUGUCAGGGAAACCGUGACGAAAGAGAGACUGUUGACAUCUCACUGGCCAAACAGGACGCUCAGAAACUGUACGCUGCCGGGGAGAAUAAAGUAGGAACUGAUGAGUCCCAGUUUAACGCCAUCCUGUGCGCUCGCAGCAAGCCUCACCUCCGGGCAGUCUUCCAGGAGUACCAGCAAAUGUGUGGGAGAGACAUCGAGAAGAGCAUCUGCAGGGAAAUGUCUGGCAAUGUGGAGUCUGGCAUGGUGGCUGUGGUGAAAUGCAUCAAGAACACUCCCGCCUACUUUGCAGAGCGGCUCCACAAGGCCAUGAAGGGAGCAGGGACCAAGGACACCACCCUAAUCCGCAUCAUGGUGUCUCGCUCUGAGGUAGACAUGUUGGACAUCAGACAGGCGUAUCUGCAGAGUUACGGAAAAUCACUGUACACUGACAUCUCGGGUGACACCUCUGGUGAUUACAAGAAGCUGCUGCUCAAGCUGUGCGGAGGUAGCGACUAAAGGAAAGGAAGACGAGCCUUCGUAAGGACAAACCAUAUGUCCACACUGAAUCGAUGUUAUAGGACCGUAUAUCACAUCUGAUGCAUGCAGUAAAAGUUUUCCUAUGACAACAGUCAAUCACUAUUACUUUUGUAUUCUUUGCAGUGACAUGAUAGAUAUUUUUGCCACUGUAUUGUAGAUGAUGCCAAAUAGUAAAUAUAUAUUAGUAUGAAGGUUUUUUUAAAAACAGUACACGUCACUAAUGGGUAAAAGAUGGAGUCCUAAAGCAAAAAGUGGGUGCCGAAAAUCUCAUACUUGAUUAAGAAAUUAAAUAUAUUAUAUAACUAAACUAACUUUAUUAUAGAAUUUAAAGCCUCUAAAAUGCAAGUAACAUGAAAGAUUAGAGCGGUAGAGUUUAAGAAAAACUAAACAGAACAAGGUGAAUGUCUCAUUUAUCUAACAUACAAAGUAUACAAGGAAAUAUUUAGCACAUUAUACAUGCAUUAUAUCUGUGUUACUGAGGUAAAGUCCACCUCACCGCCAAGCAUUUCAACUGUGUACAUGUGAAUAUAUACAGUGUCGUGUGAGACUAUUAUGCAAGUUUUCGCAAAUUGUCUAUGACUGAAUCUCUCACAGAAUACAUGUGAGCAUUUAGUGGGUGUUAGACAGGCCACAGUUAAGUUCCAGGUCGUUUGUGAAUGUAAGAAAUAAUCUGCUAAAGGCGUCUCCUCUAUCUUUAAAGUGUCCAUAUUUACUAACCAGAUUUGCACUUCUAGUCCUGCUUGCAAGUCUAUGCAAAUGAGCUUGUUCACUUUAUAUCAGCUUUAUGAAACUCCUCUGUGCUGUUGUUGAAAUUUAAACCUUUGCAAUCAUAGUUCAACAUUUGCAGCAACUACGUUUACACGCACAAAAUAUUCAAAUUUUUGCCCUUUAAUUAGAUAAAGACAGUAUUUUAUUUACAUGGUUUAUGAAAAUGAAUAUGCCACCUAAUAUCCUGGUAUUAUGCAGCUGUGAAUACUUUGAUUAACGUGCCCUAACGUGUCGUUUAUCACGUACAGAUAUGGAAAAAAUGUGGAGUGGCUGGAGCACCUUGUGCCAUUUUGCUUCCUUGCAUCAAAGAAGGAUGGCGGACUUGUUUGAUCAGCAGACAAAGCCUCCCUCUUUCAUUCCUUCAGUCACCGGCAUUGUGGUAUUUGGGCAUAUCUGAAAACCUGUUGAUAUCCAAGUCUUUCACAGUCUUUAAAAGUAGGUGUGUCUCUCUUCCGACCAGAUAUGUGAGCUUUUCUUUUGGGCAUGCAUCUCUACGACACAGUCUUGCUAACAUUUGGCUAGUUGGUUUGUGUACAACGCAUCUAUGACAAUGCACGGAGCCAACUGUGGUAAAAACUCGCAGGAGGGUCGCAGGAGGGUCGCAGGAGGGCUGGAGCCUAUCCCAGCUGACACUGGGCAGGAGGCGGGGUAAACCCUGGACAGGUCACCAUAUUUUCGCAGGGUUUACACAUAGAGAGAGACAACCAUUCACACUCACAUUCACACCUACGGGCAAUUUAGAGUCACCAAUUAACCUGCGUGUCUUUGGACUAUGGGAGGAAGCUGGAGUACCCUGAGAAAACCCACACUGACAGGGGGAGAACAUGCAAACUCCACACAUAAGGGCGUUUAUGUCCCAAUAAUGCUCCAAAAACUGGAAUAAUAUAAGCAUAUUCCAUGCGUCAAUCAGAAAUUGCUACAAUAGGAUUAACUCCUAAUUCGGAAUAUACGAAUGACCUGUAUCAAAUUCAGAAUAUUGUCAUAUAAUCGUGCUAAAAGUGGAAUAUUAGUGUGCGUGUAAACGUAGUCCAUGUUGCCUUUUCUCUGAAUGCUGAAAAGCCAAAGCCUAAAGACAGAUCAUGUUGUGCCUUUCGUCCAGGGCUGCUGUUACUGAGCUAGUCGCUGUUUCACUGUGGUUUAUCCUGCAAACAAUCUAUAAUCAUACCUGCAUGGCUGCAGAUGUAUUUCUCACACUGUUUAUUUCUCAGUAUUUAGUGUUUUUUUACAGUUCUUUACUGGUUUGUAUGUUGUGCUGCCAGUAGAGGGCUCUUGAUUCACAUGAAGUGUCAUCUCAUGUUCUGCCUUAGAGUUUGAACUGAAUAUCUGUUGCACUAACUCCUCUUCGCAGUCAUCCUUGUAACAUGAUGACGGUUGAAAUAUAGUUUUCUAACAUUUCACCAUGUGAUAGUCCCAGUCUUUUGAAAUGUACAAACAGCCACUUUUCAUUUCAAUAAUAAAAAAACAUUUUGGCAUAUCUGGA